AUGCCAGAAACACACAAAGAAAUAAUAUUAAGAGAAAACUUUCGCAGCCCAGAAAAGAUAGUGAUCAGAAAAAUUCUGAAUCCUGCUAUAUAUGUAGAAAAGCCUAUAAUACCUCCAUUACGAAAAACUAGUCCAUUAUUAGUGAAUUCCGUUGAGAGUGACGAAGAAAUCACUAUUUCCAGCAGAAGCAACGGUACAUUAAUACUAACGGAUAGAUCUGUGAAAAGAUGUACUUGUAUCAGCAACCAUGGUAUUUGUCAAUGUCAUUCACAAGAAAUUAUCGACAAAAAAUCAGAAAGUUGGGAUAGCGAUUCUGACUCUUCUUCAUCCAGUGCGGAAAGCCAAAUUACAGUUAAAUCGAAAAAUUAUCUAUCAGAUAUAGACGACGAAAUGAGGUUAUCACUGGGAUCCAUUAAUACCGAACGCACAGUCACUUUAGAUGCCAAAGAGAAGGAAGAAAAAGUUAAAAAAUGGUUGAAACAGAAAGAGCAAGAACUUAAGCAGAAAAAGCUGGAAGAAGAGAAAAAGAAACAAGAGGAGGAGCGUGAAAGGCAAAUAAAGUUAGCUCAGAAAAAGGAGAGUUACAUGAAAUGGAGAGAAGCGAAGAAAUUGCAGUUAGAGAAACAGAAAAAGGAGAAGGAACUACAAGAGGCAGAAAAAAUUCGGUUGGCUGAAGAAAAGCAGAAGAAACAAGAUGAAAACGAAAAGAAAUUUCAGAUGUGGUUAAAGCAGAAGAAGCAACAGGAAAAGGAGAAAAAAAUGUUUCAGAAAAUGACUGAACUUAAAAUAUACCAAGAAAAACAAAAGCGAAUGGAGAAAAACGAAAAGGCAUUUCAUGAAUGGCUCAAAAUUUCAAAAUAUCGUCCAAAGCCGUUAAAUAACACACUCUGUACAUCCCCUUCGGUUACCUUUAUUAAUCCCGAUCCCUGGGUGGCGAAUAUAGAUGGAGAAACACCGAUAACCUCAAAAUAA